UUCGGAACUAAACACUCUUCGCUAAUGAAAAUCCCUUGCAUUUUGUUAUGCAUCCCAUUUAUUUCCGUUCUGUACUGUGAUGUAUAAAAUUGUAAAGUAAAAAUGAGCGGUGGAAUUGGAAUUUUGAGUUUUCUUGAUCCCGACUUGUCAUGCUACGUGGAUGCUCUUUAUCAACCAGAUGGUGAACUUGGUGUUCUUGGUGGAACUAUUAGAGUUGUCGAACCAAAAUGCGGGAGGAUCACUCAGAACCCGAGGAACAGCUGUGACAGGUUCAAAGUUAUCAUUCCUUAUGCUGGAAAUUCACUUACAUGGCAAGUGAUCUUUGACAGUUUACAUCCAUCUCUUCCACCUGAUUUCAUCUUUGACGUUCAUGACCGAGCUUUUGCUCCAGAUCUUGAAGAACUCAAGUGCUUGGUUAAUUGGGACCACACUGAGCCAAAGUCAUUAGUGUUUGUUAUAAGAGAGCUACUAUCUCAGUACAAGAAGUAUCAAGAAAGGCUACUCGGCAGCAAUGCUAGGCUUCAGUUUGAAUAUGUGUCGUUGGUGGAAACCAGUCAUUUCACAGAUGUUGAAGUUCACCAAGUCCAGAAAACAUCCUAUGCAAGAGAUACAGUUGUCAAUUUCUUGAUAAAGUUACCAGUGGACUUCAAAGACAUUCCAGCAUACCUGAUCAAGGACAAUCCAGGAGAUGACAUAGCCAUUCUUCUAGUUAGUUUCCAAGGUAUCGAUGGUAACAAAGCAUCUCCUCAACUCUUCCUUUCACCAAGGGUAGAAAGAGCAUUAGGAGGUUCAUCAAGUCUUAGAAUACCAGCUUUCUCAAACAGGGGUCAUCUCACGGAAUAUACAGGACUCAUCCUGGAACUCUUACAAAACCUGGUGGAGCAAGUUGUUAAAGGAUAUCAGAAGAGGAAAGAAUUUGUGGCAGCUCUCAUCAGUCAUUACGGAAGAUCAUGUCUUGAAUUUGACUCUGAGGGAUACAGCAAAGCAUCCUUCCUGUUUGAGUUGCAGGAAUUUCAUUUCAUAUUACAUGUGCGGAUACCAAGCUUCUUUCCUCGUGAGCAGCCAGAGUUUGUUUUCCAGUCGGUCUAUCAUACAACGUCAUCGGGGAAACCUUUCCAAGCAGUAGUAGCCAACUAUCCAUACAGCCCUAGAUGGAGUGGCAAUGAGAUGGCUGAAAGAGCCAAAGUGUACAUGGAGCAGUACAUUCAGGACUUUAAGAGAGCAUCAGUGACAAGUGGACGCUUUACCUAAGAGUGAGUGAAUCUGGGAUCAGGGAGUCAUGAACUGAUCUGCAUCAUGAUGCAUCAAAGGCUUCUGCUCAUAGAACUAUUGGUGUAAAGACCUCUACACUGCUUCGUCUGACGACAUGUUAGGCCAAGUAUGUUGUGAUGGGAGUACUGGUGGCUUGAGUUCUGUACCCGUUUGGAACUAUUUUCAUUUUCUGUGUAUUUUACAUUGUCAGGAGUUUUCAGUAAAGGAUGCUUAAUAAUAUCUUAUCUCUUACUAGUAACUGACACGAUGUCAUUUGGGAUGUAUGUCAUAUUUUAGACAAACCUAUGGAUUUCUCUUUGUAAUAGUUCCCCUACAAAAUAAAUGGAGUGUAGUCACAAAAGUGUCAUAUUUUACUUGUAGUAUUAUCAACAUUUUAUUACAUAUGGUGAAAUUUUCAUCAAUAUUAUUCUAGACAUCCAGAUGCUAAUAACAAACAAACGCCAUGUGAAAUAGUUCAAUCAGAAAAUUGUAUAUGUUUGUUGGUUGAUAGGUAUUAUUUUCCAUCAUGUUUGGAACGUACUAAAUGUUCUCAGAAAUUUAGGAAUACAAAAGGACCCUAACAAAAAAAAUUAAACACAAUAAAUGAUCAUCUGUUUGUUACAAACUUUCAAGUAGGCCUUUUGAAUAGUUUAUGAUACAUCUAUUCAUUAUUUUAACUCAUGCACUAUUUACAUAAGGAAAUUCCUAUAGUAGAUUAAAUUAUAGUGAGCUAUACUAGGAUCACUUGUAAACAUGGUUCUUUCCGUAAAACCACCCCAAAACAAAAAAAUACCAGUCAAUUUCUAACAGUCUGGAUGCUGAUGUAGCUACCCAGGGUAAACAUGACCAAAUUAUAUAUUUAAAGUUUACUGUGGAAUUUAGUUUAACAAAAGGGAAACUCAUUUGAUCCAGAAAAAAGUGCAAUACUUCAUAUGAAAAUGUUGUACAGCUGUUCUUUUAUGUUUGCCCUAUAUUAUUGUGUAAAAUAUAAGAAUUUCUAAGAAAUGAAGGUCCUUGUUUUUAUUCCUUAACAUUACAUUUAUUAGAGAUGAUGAAGGUAUGUUGGAAUGAAAAGCCUGAAAUCUUUCCUUGUGCCAAGUUACCCCAUAUGUCAGGUAACUGACCAUUAUAAUUUACAGACAAUAUACAGGGAUGCCAGUUUUCAGGUAAUUGCCUGAAUUCAGGCCCUGGCGAGUUAUUUUUAGACCAUAGUUAAGGCUUUUUUUGUGUACAAAAUAACUCAUUCUAGGUGAUUUUCAGGCCCUCUGAUCAAUUCUAACUGGCACCCCUGAAUAUAUGAGAUGUUAAAAAAUUAAGGUCUACAUCAGAUGAGGAAAAGUUGUAUAACUUUUUUAAGCUAACAAGAAAUAUGCUACUGUCCAAAAUGAAAGCAUAGAGUUCAGCAGGCAUUAUUAUUAGUGGACCUCAUUUAAACGAUGUUAGUCGGUUGAAAUAACAAUGUGCAGAGUAAAAGCAAAGAUUUUUCCUAUAGAUAAGUAGAAGACUGUAUUGGGUAACUGGUUUAGACCAAUGAAGACAGAUUGAUGUACAAAUAUAAGAUCUUUAGAAGAAUUGCUUAUGAUGAGCCCAGCACAUUGCCCAUUGCAAUUUGCCAAGAAAAAUAAUUUCAUACAACAUCUGGAUAUUGUGUCAGUGUUGGCAACUGAAAUUACUUAACUAUUUCUUGUAAAUGUCUUGGACAGUGCUGUAUAAAGUACUAUGUGUUUAUAUUAUUAUAAAAGCUAUGCAUUAUAUUAUUCAAUUAUUAAAGAAGAUAACUCUUUGGCUGAGUAA